AUGGCUGCAAAUUCUGUUGAGAACUAUAUGGAGAAUGUUAUUAAUGAGCCUCUCCUGGCAAAAAGGAUGAGGAAAGACCCUGAUGCAACAACAGGAAAAAGUGUUGUGGUUCUAAGGACCAGAGACGUUCGAGUUAGGGAUGAUUUGGUGUUUAUGCCAAACACCAUUGAAAUGGCUCAACUCAAGAAACCAGAUAAAGGACAAUUUAAGACAAAUAUACCAAUUUCUUCAAAGAUGACAGAAAGUGACAUAAAGCAAACAUUGAUGGAGCACUUUCCAAUUUUGACCGGCAAAAGGUUUUACUGUGCUUCAGUCGUGGAUAAUCGAACAAGAUUAGAAUUUCAUGGUGAACGUUGUAUUUGGGAUGGACACUUCAUCAAGAAAACAAUAAAAGGAAACUCAGCUCUCUAUAUCUUUCUAGAAGAGGAGCAUCAAGAGAAAGGUUCUGCACCUGAUUCUGGAGGAUCAGAGGUGGUGGUGGAUUCUGGAUACGAGUCCUCCUUUAGAGAGCAGCUGGGAGUGAAAUGUUCAUUUGAUCAGAUCACAACGAGUGCAGAGUUGAUGAGCAGUGUCAGUCCAGCGAAAAUGUCACUAUCAUCAUUGGAUACUAAUGUUCAACCAAUCCCUGAAAAGCUACCAGGUGUUAUUUCUACAUAUGAUGUUCCAACUGGAAACAUUACAAGUUAUUCAAAUUUGGUAUCAGGGCAAGCUGAAAAAGGUUCUGAGAAAAGUGAUAUAGAGUUAUCAAAUGAAAGACCGCUUAUGAAUGUGCAGCAAGAAACUGCAGCAACAAGGAAUACUAUAUUUUGGGUGCAACAGCCUCUGUCAAUGGGUAAGCUCCAGAGCUUAAAUAUUACAAGUGCACCUUCUCAGCCAUCACAGAACAUUGUUACUGCAGAGGCAUCCAUUUUGGGAAGUUCUGAGGCCUUAACAACUGUGGACACCACUGAAAUCUCUCAGCUGUUCUCUUUGACAGGGCCAGAAGGUGACAGAUCUGAUUCCGUAGGGGAUCAGCAGGAAACAGAAAAAUUCAAAUCUCCAGAUCAGGAACAGCCUAAUGUUGAGAAAACUGAUUCUUCCCAAGUUGCAGAGAAAGAAUCAGCAGGUUCAAUUCCUGUGGCUGGAGACCAAGGGAGUAGUGGACCUUUCACUAUACAAACUUCUGAAUUUGAGCCAUCAGAUACCUUAGAUUCAGGAUUUGAACCAUCUGGAAAACCUGAAGAUAACACUGUUCUGGACGUACAUUCAGCUACAGCUGGUGCAGCUGUGAGAGGGGAUGUUUAUGUUAAAAAUGUGAUGUUGUUGAAGAAAGAAGAUUUAGUUCAAGGGAAUGGUAAAAUACUUAUGCCAACCAUUAUUGAGAUGGCAAGAAUGAGAAAGACUGGACAGUACAAAAGACAGGUCCAAUUUUCCAAAAGCAUGUCAGAGGAAGCAGUGAGGAAAACAAUUCAAGAAGAAUUUCCUACCUUUGAUUUAAGUGGAAGGUUUUCUUGUGCAUCAAUCAGUAACCACGAUAGUACUCUUCAAUUUCAUGGGUCUCCUCGUGUAUGGGAUGGAAGGACAAUAAUAAGAAUCCUAAAAGGAAAGUCAGCCCUUUACAUAGUUAUGGAGGAAAUCCAGGUACCCCCAAAGACAGUAAGAGACCAGAAUCCUCUCUCAAUGCUUUGUGAGGUCGCUGUACGAAAGGAACGAGUAGACGUCGAGAAGGCUUCAGGAUCCCCUCCCAAUCAGGCUCUCACUGAGCAGGAACAAGGAGAUGUCGAAAUGGUAGAAGCUAUUUCAGACGCCCGCUUAGAGCAAGGUCUCUUUUAGCCAUUGUCGUCAGAGGAUCUAGGAAAGUCUGAAGGUAUACACAUGUAUGUCUUACUUGAGCUGACGUGGAAGAUUAUUUCACUUUCUUUAAGUAUUCUAAUAGUUUAGAUCUUUUAUUUGAGAAACUUCUAUUUAAGCAACACCUUCAAGGGAAGCAGCCUUGGAUCCAGACUUGAAAGCUUACCUUUGAUUGUCGUUUUUGUUACCGUCACUGAAGGAAUGCCUUUACUCAGGAAGCUGCUCCUUCACCGAGGGAACGCUUGUAUCUGUUAAGUAACUCUUUUUGUAGUCCUGAGGUUUUCCAAUGAACGAGGGCUCCACGUUUGCAAAAAACCCAUAUCAAAAGUGAUUUGGAGUGUCUCUAAGACUUUAGUGAGGCCUCGAAAUGUCCUGUUAACAUCAAUUAAUCAGGUAAC